AUGAUGGAACAUGCCUUGAAUCCCAGUAUUCAGGAGGCACAGAAAGCCUUCCGCUACCCGCACCAAGGAUCCGGGAAACCAAGGAGUCGGACACUUCAACUCUAUUCAGAAAUCCUGCCCGUAAAGAGCAAGACCAGAGCUAGACAGCCCCUGGACACCAUUGCUCGUUCAAGUGCCCCAAGGGCCCGAGUAGAGGAGCCCCAGCCAGGGUCACAGUCUAAGGGCCCACGCAGCCCACCAGACGCAGAGCGCUCUGCAAAGCCGCUGAGAAGCCCGACCCUAGAAUGCUGGGGCACUACGCUUCUCCACCCCGCCACGGACGCGCAGACCCACCCACCCCGCCGCCGUCCUGCUUCACCUCCCCGGCUGCCUCCGAAAGCGCGCGGGAGUCCAGCGCGCUGCAACGUGGGCGAACGCCACCCCGCACUCCCUUCUCCCCCUCGUCCCUUCCUCCCGCCUCAGCUUAGCCUGCGGCCACCGCCUACAGUGCACCCAUCCAACUCCGCCGCUCGCGCCCAAGCUGUCCCCCUCAAGGCGCGCGCAACUUAUGUAGGCCGCUCACGGCGCGACCACGCCCAAAUACCGCCUAUUUCCGGUCCUCUGCCCCGCCCUCUAGCACGCGAGCUCCCCUUGGAGGCUUCGCCUUCCGGUCUCCCCUCCCUCUCCCCUCUCGUGCGCUAG